GUUCGCCUCUUGGCUGUGCAGCAGAAGGACGUACCUGUGUUUCAACGUCGCUCUUCACGUGUACUCUGCCGCCGAACAAGGAAAUUUUGUGUCGCCGCAGUUUUGUUGCAUCUGGUGCUCCAGUUCUGUGCCCGUUGUGACAUUACAAGACAAUCCACCCUGAGAUUUCCCGCCGUCUGCCACCGAGUUUUUUCUUCGGCCGCACAACUGUGCCGGUGGAUGACCCACUCUAUCUUCAAUUUGACGUUGUCGCUGAAGACGAUGGUCGUCAACAACUGAGCAGCAUUGGCCUCUGAAUUCAGAAAUGAGACAGGGAAACAUGGAUGAAAUCCCGUGGGACCUUGCUACAAUGCGCGAGGAGGAGUUCGAGCACCGCACCGUCUACAUGGUGAUGGACAGGGUGCCGGAGCCGGGAUGCCCCAACCGUGCGCAAGAAACUCUGCCCCGAAACCUUGUGCUCAAGAUGUCUGAAACACUUUUGGACGUGCAUGGUGUAUGGAGCACAGGCGUGAUUCCCCGUGGAACCCGUUUCGGGCCACUGGUGGGCGACAUUUAUGCCAAAGACGAGGUUCCCCAGACCAAGAACAAAAAAUACUUCUGGAGGAUCUACAAUGACAACGAAUCGUACUACUAUCUGGAUGGCUGUGACGUUUCUAAAGCCAACUGGAUGAGGUACGUCAACCCCGCGGACUCGGCCGAGUCGCAGAACCUAAUAGCCUGUCAGUACAAGACUAACAUUUACUUUUACACGACGAAAACCAUCCAGCCCGAUCAAGAGCUGCUGGUGUGGUAUUGUCGCGAGUUCGCCGAAAGACUGAACUACCCGCUGACGGGAGGACAAAUGUUGCAGCGCAUUCGUCAGCAAGUGCAAAAUGCAAACAUGGAUAAGGAGGAGUCAAACGCUCUAUCGGACAUUAAGGACGAGAAUGAGGACGCGCAGAUGGUUGACAUCGAAAGCGACCACACAGACAAGCCAUCGGCCUCGCCACAGGUUCACUCGCCGCUGAUGGCCUCGCCCUCUAGCAAGGAACAUUACGAGCAGAGGUCAAGCCAGCUCACCCCGACUGAUGGCUCUGUCCGCUCAGACGAAGGAUACAACAGCCAUGGGUACCAGGACGAUGCAUUCACUCCUCCGGAAGACAGCAGCGACUGCGACUCUGAAAAUAACUACGUGCUGGAUUGCAGCAAGAAGUCCAGCGACAAGUCAAGCACGAGCGUCAGCGUGGUCAGCUCAGCAUCCACUGGCAAAAGCUACAUGUGCAGCGAGCUGGAAGACUGCAAAAACUCUUACCGCAAAGUCAAAAUCAAGAUGUCCAAGCUGACUUACAAAACCAAGUGCGAGAUAGCCCCCAAGGCUAGCAGCGCCGUGGGCAUCCCGAUUAUGGACAGCGACAAGGAGGCCAGUCCGGAACCAGUGCGGUGCCCCAAAAGCCCGGUCCUGGUGGCCACGAGCACGACCCCGGAGGCGAGCAAGGCGCCCAGCCCAGUGGGCUUCAAGCCGUACAAGUCCUACUACGAGAGCCACCCGGCCAGCAAGAACCAACCUGGCUCCAUCCUCGAGAAUAUCCUCAUGAGGCGGGCGGACAUCAACAGCGGCGUGCGCCGGUCGGUCGACUCUGCAGUCUCGACCAGCGAGGUGUCCCCGUCCAGCCCCACCGAGAUGGCGUAUUCGUACAAAAAGUCGCACCGCUACCACGCUCUGCCCCCCAGCCCGGACUCAAGCUCUCACCAACAGCCGACGGUGGUGCAUGUGUCACCACCUCCUCCGCCGUCCCACCAGGCGAGCCGCGCACAGUCGUCCCCGGUGCUGCCGCCGCCGACCCACCUCCCGCUCGAGGUUUACAGCCCCACCUAUUACAACAUGUACCCCCAUCCUCACGCGCACCCGGGCUUCCACCCUCACCACCCGCACCAUCAGGGCUCGCUGAUCCACUCGUCGACGCCUAACUCGCCACCCUACAUGAUGCAGCACUCGCCGCACAUCAAGUCCUUCUCGCCACCGCCCGGCAACCUCAUGUCGCAGCUGCACCUCAAGAGCCCACCCCCUGGCUCGGUGCCGCAUAGAUCACCAUCACACUCGUCGCUGUCGCCCUGCGGAAGUCCAAUGAGCCCCAACACGGCGGCCGCCAGGGGCUACAGGUCGCUGCCGUACCCUCUGCAGAAGAAGGACGGCAAGAUGCACUACGAGUGCAACGUUUGCCUCAAGACCUUCGGCCAGUUGUCCAACCUCAAGGUGCAUCUGAGGACGCACUCGGGCGAGAGGCCCUUCAAGUGCGACAUCUGCACCAAAAGCUUCACCCAACUGGCCCACCUGCAGAAGCACCACCUCGUACACACAGGGGAGAAGCCUCAUGAGUGUAACAUUUGCAACAAGAGGUUCAGCAGCACCUCAAAUCUCAAGACUCACCUUAGGCUACACUCAGGUCAAAAGCCCUACAACUGCGAUUUUUGUACUGCCAAGUUCACCCAGUUCGUCCACCUGAAGCUGCACAAACGGCUUCACACAAAUGAACGCCCAUUCACAUGCAAACGCUGCAACAAGAAGUACAUCAGUGCAAGUGGACUCAGAACACACUGGAAGACAACCGCUUGCAAACCAAACAACAUUGACGAGGAAAUUUCCUUGGCUGGUGCCUCGCCAACCGGUCACCGCUUCUAUGAAUAUGCUUCCUCUGACGUAAGCAUAGGCAGCUUAGAAAAGGAGGCCCAUGACAUGGACUCAAGAGACUCUUUCGAGGGCCGAGUGGAGGGUGGCAUGAACAUUCACCCACACCCUCACCCUCAACUCCUGCAGCCUCCGCAGAGGCCGAGUGUAAUCGAGUCGUCGCAGCAUCACGUCAUCGAAUGCACGUAAACGUGUUAGAUUUAGUCAGACCGCUUCCCACUGACUGCCUCCGGGCCACCCCCUGGCCAUCCUUCUGGACGUGAGCCCACCGCCCCCCAUAAAAGUCUCACCUCUCUGCUUUUCAUUGUUUCGGUUUCUGUGCAAGCGCUUUAAAUGUAAACAUACUACAAACACGAAAAUUAGAGCGAUCCGGUGAAUGUAUAAAUCUCAAUCUCUCUGCGUAUUUUGAAUUGUGUACAAAUUUCAUGUUCAAUUGGAUGACUGUUACAAAAAUUUUGCAUGCAAAAUUACUCGAGAAAAUCCGUCUCAGGCAAUUAAUAAUCCUCAUUUUGGUGGUAACAUGUUGAAGCAUAAUAUCUCUAUUUAAUUAUACGACUCACACACUCACACGACACACACACUCUCACUCACAUGUAUUGUUAUCUUGAAUGUGAUAUCUGCUCCUAGGCGAACUGCUACUGAUGUAAUAUUUUCUCUGUUAGUUAACUGAUAGUCCGCUAACCAAUUCUUUUUAUGUGUGAGUGACUGAUCUGCAUAGGAGAGGUCAAAGUGGGCACCGCCGCUGCAAUUUGUGAUAUGAAUUAAACUCGGGACUGCUGUCCGUUCUCCUGGAAAAAAAUUCCUUGCAGUGCAUUGUGGUGGUGCGCGCGGAGGCUGUCUCCUAAGCAGGCAAAACAUGCAAUACAAAACUGUCUUAACUGUAGGUAAAUCCAGACGUAUAAACACACUGAGACAGACAAGUACGGUAGCUCAAGUCGCUAAUGUUCAAAUGCUGCAAUUAUUACUAAUAUACACAUAAUGUAACCUUGGAAAACAUGUAGUGCGCGAUUACAUGAAAAAGUUGACUACACUCUCACACACUCACACACACACAAUGGAUGUGCUCAGCCUGUUGAGUAGGCAGCCCGCUACAAUUAUAUCUAUUUUUAUGCCAGGCAUUGGUCUAGACAUUCAAAAAAUAACGUGACCUUUCGGUCGGUGUGUGUUUCCAUACUGCUGUUGGAGAGCAUUUCUUGCCUGGAUCCGGUUCCUCACCUAUCCAACUGCAAAACUUAAACUCUGCAUCAUCCCACUGUCUUGUUCACGAUGAGAGAGAUGCCAAUGAUCUCAAAAUUGCGACUCACACACCCCCAACUCAAACUGACACGACUAACUAGACAGUUUUGCAAGACAAGUAGAAACAUACAAGACAGUCCCAACCGCGCUCGAGGAUGAGUUUCUAAAAAUGUUAGACUCGCUGCUUUUAUAUACAUAUAUUGUAUGAACAUUAUACUGUAAUUGUACUGUACUCACACAAAGCAUAUAGACACACUUACUCACACACUCACGUGGAAUGCGACAUGUUCACACGACGAAAAAUACACACGCAUCUUGAUAAAAGUAUAUUAUACAAUUUUUUAUGAGCUAGACGUCCUCUGCUAGAAUUUGUAUCAAACAUGAGAGGUGUUUGUUAAAAAGAAUUGCUUACAUUUCACACGGUAACAACACGUUUUUGGAGUAGCCACUUGAAAUUUCUCAUAGUCCCAACAUAGACGAGCAAAUUGACCAGGUAGUUAUCGCGAAGAGAGGAGAUUUAAUAACCCGAGAUAUUGUAACCAGAGAAAAAUAUGAUUGAGGAACUCUUUCGGACAUAUUUGUGCCUUGGAUAUUUAUAGAAAAAUUGCGUUUUGCAUUAACUGAGCUGAGAAAAACAGUCACACACAUUUUUGAGCAGAGAAAUUAAAACUGAAAAGCUAUUUGCAAAAUCUUUAACUGAGAAAUAAAAAGUAGGCAGACGUGAAAAGGCAGUUUUAUCGUUCUCUACUGUACAAUAGUGCUCUAGUGUUAAGCCGCGGUAUUGUAUAUAAACGAAUCGAGAUGAGUAAUUUAUUUUCUUAGUUUCUAGUUGUUGACACGAGAUAAUUUAUUGUAAAAUGUAGUAUUUAUAUAAAUUAUUCGGUUGUAACGCAGAUGGUUAAUUUAUUUGUCACCGCAAUUACCGACUUUCGCUCGCAAAUCGACCCCCAACGCGGGGCACGCAUUAACGUCACCGAUUUUUGUACUAUAUUUUUCAACUCCCAUUGAUAUUGUCAUAAUAUAGGCGGGCGGACGCGCGCGGCGAUUUAUAUUUUGGCAAGCCUCGCGCCGCCUGCCCCCGCCGGAUUUGCGUGCGAGACUCGGGCAAAUUGAAGCAAACAAACGGGAAUCCUUCAUUCCAGGCAGUGCAUGAUGACGAUUCUUAUGAUACUUUCGCCGCCAACACACACUCAUUUCAAGUCAAAUCGGGCCCCCGACAUGAUAUAGAUCAGUGUUGAUAAACGUAAAUGUAUGCGCCAAACACUAUCCAAUAGCAGAGGCAUCAUAAUAAUACAUACACUGUGUAGACGAAAAAUGCAACCCACACAACUUAGGUCGGUUCAGUUUAUUGGAAAACCCGCUACUAGGUGUCAGAUUCAUCAAUUUAGUACAGCUAAACAAACACACACCCACACAAGCAGUUAAUUACGUAGCCACGAUCGAUAAGCAUUAAUUACAGCAGUCGUACAAACUUGCAUACCUAAAAUAAUCAUAAUCUCACGAACACACACAGAAGCAGACAAAACGUUUUCCGCGAGUCGGUUGAUUGUGAAGCCGCGUACGCACGGCGGAACACCUGAUUUGCGCGGAAACGCAACUAUCCGACCCGUCGGUUCCGCGAGCAUAUAGGCAAUAUUAAUACAACAAACAAACUAGAUGGCUUUUUGUGGAUAACAAGCGCUCCGCCGUUUUUGUAUUUUCAACACACACACACAUUCACUCACUACUGUAACUGAGCGACGAUAUUUUUCAAUUCCUAAUUCAGCCGAGGAUUUGUAUUUAUUUUGAGAUACAUGUACGUUGUUUAUGAUCAUAUAUACACGAGAUGUAGGCAGCUACAAUGGACUACGCAGUUUUUUCAGUCAGAGUUCGUUUUCUAUGGGCUCCUUUUGGAACGAUAUAUAUAUUGUAUACACACAAACUCUCACUCACAUGCAGAUUGCAGAUUGUACUAGUUGAAACAAUAUUAACUAUCUCGACAGACGAGGAAUGGAGGAGAAUCGCGACAGGCUCCCACACACGAUGAUAAUUUAUUAUUACGCUAUAGGUAGACACGUCGCGUUAUACCGCGUUUGAUUUUGGUGCAAAUCACGCUGACUCUUUUUCGUCUUCGUUGGCAUUCUCGAAUUACUAUUUGUUGUACGUAUGUAUACUGUUCUCGUGUUGAUUUGUCACUGAAACGCGCUUGUGGGACUGCUCUCUGUGUGCGCGCCAGACUCGAUCGCGCGCACCCGCGAAACCGAAACCCGCCGCGGCGGUUUCGUGAACAUAUAAAUAGUGAUGAAGCUGAGCUGUCAGUGUACAUUUUCUGUAUUUAUGCGAAGCCGAUUAUGUGUUGAUUAUUUAUUGGUAACUAGAUGCUACGUUGAUGUUAUGUUGCGUGUGCAUUCGGAAGAAAUGUAUUUCAUCUCACUGUCAACCGAUUAGUGUACACUCAAUCUCUCAUACACAUAUACACUGAUUGUGCUGGAUACGGAGAGAACAUACUCGAAUUGUGUUUUUAUUUGUAAAUCUCAUUAUAAUUUGAAUUUCAUUUCACCAUGACUGAAGCCAUACCGGAAAAAUUGAAAAUAAAUAAAAAGCAUGUAAAAAUA